AUGGAGAAGUACCGCAAAGGGAAGGUCCUGGGCCAGGGCAGCUUCGGCAGGGCGAUCCUGGUGACCAACAUACAUAAUGGCAAACAGUACGUCAUGAAGGAGAUCGACGUGUCGCGCAUGCCGCGCUCAGAGAAAGAGGCGUCCAUGCUCGAAGUCAGGCUGCUCCAGUCGCUCCGGCACCCGAACGUGGUGAACUGCACCGAGUCCUUCCUGUCGGCGGGGAAGCUGUGCAUCGUGAUGGAGUGGUGCCAGGAGGGCGACCUGUACGCCAUCCUCAAGAAGCGGCGCGGGGCGCUGCUGCCUGAGGAGACCAUCCUGGACUGGUUCGUCCAGAUAUGCCUGGCGAUCAAGCACGUGCACGACCGCAAGAUCCUCCACCGGGACCUCAAGACGCAGAACAUCUUCGUGUCCACGGGCGGGCUGCUCAAGCUCGGCGACUUCGGCGUGAGCAAGGUCCUGUCGGGCACCAACGUCUUCACCAAGACGUCCGUCGGGACGCCCUACUACCUCUCCCCGGAGAUCUGCAAGAACCAGCAGUACAACCACAAGUCCGACAUCUGGUCCCUCGGCUGCGUCCUGUACGAGAUCACCACCCUCAAACACGCCUUCGACGCCCAGUCGCUCCAGAUGCUCGUGCACAAGAUCGUGCAGGGGAAGUACCCGGCGCCGCCGUCCAAGUACUCCAAGCCGCUGCGGGACCUCAUCGGGUCCAUGAUCCAGACGGACCCCAGGAAGCGCCCCGCGAUCAACGAGAUCCUCCAGCGGCCGAUCAUCAAGGAGCGCAUCGGGAACUUCCUCUCCCAGACCUUCAUCGCCGACGAGUUCUCGCACACCGUCAUCCACGCCAAGCCCGCGCCGGGCGAGAUCGUCCCGCGCGCCCCCGCGGCGCGGCGCUCCCCGUGCCCGUCCCCGAAGGAGCCCGCCACGCCGAGCCAGUCCCGUCCGUCCUCGCGCGUCCCCUCGCGCGCCCCGUCCCCGACCCCCUCAGCGGGGGGACGCUCCAGGACCCCCCCCCUGCAAUCCGCGGCGUCAGGGGGGGUGUCGGCCCCGAGCAGCGUGUUCGCCGCCGCGGGCGGCCGCAGCGGCGUGCCCGUAGUGGGGUCGCGCGCGACGCCGGACCCCGCCCGCGCGGCCGCGAGCACGGCCAUGUCGGCAGCGGCGCGUGCUCGCCAGCAGAAGCAGGAGCAGGAGCUGAAGCGGCUGGCCGAGGAGAAGCAGCGGCGGGAGCGCGAGCUGCAGGAGGCGCAGGCGCGCAUCGAGGAGGAGCGGAAGCGCAUCGAGGCCGCGAGGCAGGCGCGCGAGGCUGAGCAGGCCGCCGCGCAGCAGAGGGAGCGCGAGCGGCAGGCAGCGAUCGCGGCGGACCGGCAGCGGCGCGCGGAGGAGGAGGCCGAGGCGCGGGCGCGGCGCGAGGCGGAGGCGCUGGAGGCCCGGCGGCGCGCGGAGGAGGAGCGGGCGCAGGAGGAGGCCUUCUCGAAGAUCAAGCGGGAGCGGGAGAGCGAGCUGAUGCGGCUGGAGGCGGAGCGGCGGAAGAUCGAGUACGAGAUGCAGCAGUACGCGCAGGACCGGCAGGCGCGCGUGGAGGCCGAGAAGCGCCGCCUGCAGCAGGAGGAGGCGCGGCGGCGGCGCGCGGUGGAGGAGGAGCGGCGGCGCGCGGUGAUCGAGGAGCGGCAGCGCAAGGCGCACGAGGUCGAGGAGGCGCGGAAGGCCGAGGUGGAGCGCCGGAAGGCGGAGGAGAAGCAGAAGCGCGAGGAGCAGCGCGCGCAGAUGAUGGCGGCGAAGAAGGACUGGGAGGAGCGGCAGAAGGAGGCGGCGCGGAACCGGGCGCGCGUCAAGCAGCAGGAGGAGGGCGUCGAGGUGAUGCUGCCGCGCCGCAGCGGGCCGCGGCGGCCGCGGCCGGAGUGGCAGGGUCCGCUGGACGACCCCGCGGCGGCAGAGCGGCCGCCGUCGCCGCCGAGCGGGGCGGGGCCGCUCGCUGGGCCCGCGCGGCAGGCCAUGGAGCAGCGCACGCCGUCGCAGCGGCAGCGGUGGGGCCAGCCGGCGGACCCGUCGGUGCUGCCGGUGUCGGGGGCGUCGGCGAUGGCGGUCGGGCCGACGCCGGGCGCGGCGAUGACCCCGGAGGACCGCCGGCGCAUCUACCUGGAGCAGCAGGAGGCGGCGCUGCGCAACAAGCAGCGGCACAGGGAGGCGGAGCGACAGGCGGCGGAGAUGUGGGGCAUCGGAGGUGCCGCGGGCGCGGGCGCGGGCGCGGGCGCGGGCGGGGACGACACGUCGUCGGCCCGCGCGCACGCCGCGAUCUCGGACGAGGAGCGGCGGCGGCUGUUCAUGGAGCAGCGCGAGGCUGCGCGUCGGAACCGCGAGAGGGCCAAGGAGCAGGACAGGUACCCCGGCGCGGCGGGUCCGCGGCGGUCGUCGCACUCCCCGCAGCCCGGCGCGUCGCCCCCCCGGCGCAGCAGCCGCACGGACCCCGACGGCGACGGCCUGACGCCCAUGGAGCGCAAGCAGCGGCGCAUCGAGGAGGAGAACCGCCGCCGCGAGGAGGAGCUGCUCGAGUUCCAGCGGCGGCACCACCGCGAGAUGCGCGCGCAGGCCAUCAAGAACCGCCAGCAGAUCAUGGGCGACAUCGGCCCCGCCGGCAACGGCGCGGGCGACGUGCAGGUGCCCAUUGGCGGGGAGCCGACGCUGGCGGUGCCGGGCGGCGGCAAGGUGCAGGCGCCGACGGGGCAGACGUUCACGAUGUCGCGGGGCGGGCAGGCGUUCCAGAUCGACCUGAACCCGAGCAGCAACGCGCCGCCGCCUGCGAACGAUGCGGGGGGCGAGGACAGCAGCGCGGAGAUCACGGACUACGACACGGGGGAGUUCGCGGCGAUGGUGCGGGCGAUGCACGAGGCGUACAACGACGAGCGGCCGUCGGAGUACCACGACGAGUCUGGCGCGGAGAGCGGGUGGGAAGACAAGCGCCCGAGUCAGCAAGACCCCUCCCUGACGCCGUACGCCGACGGGUACGGGUACGGCGAGGGCCCGGGGGGCGAGGAGGAGUCGCUCGCGGCGCGCGUGGAGGCGCUGCGGAUGUUCUUGGAGGAGCAGCUCGGGUUCGACCGGUUCCUGCGCGCGUACCGCCGCAUGGAGAACAUGGCCCCCGACGAGGACGAGAUGAAGGCGCUGGAGGACCUGAAGAGCGUCCUCGGCGAGGACAACCUCUGCCACCUGCGCCACAUCCACCAACUGAUCUCGUGCGAGGCCGCGCUGAACGCCCACGGCGAGUGA